CGGCACUGGGCGCGGGCUGGUCUGGAUGGAGGCGGCGGCGGCGCCCGGCAGGGAUGCGCGGGAGCGGGCGGCGAGUCAUCCCCGCGGCCGCGGAGAGAAGAGCCCGCCAGACAGCAGGAAAGUUUAUAUGGACUGUAAUGCAACCACCCCCCUUGAGCCAGAAGUCAUCCAGGCCAUGACCGAGGCCAUGAGGGAAGCCUGGGGAAAUCCCAGCAGUCCUUACCCAGCAGGUAGGAAGGCCAAGGACAUUAUUGACACAGCUCGGGAGAACGUCGCGAAGAUGAUAGGUGGGAAACCUCAGGACAUAAUCUUCACUUCCGGGGGCACCGAGUCCAACAACUUAGUAAUCCAUUCCAUGGUGAAACAUUUCCACCAAACCCGCCCCUCUGCGGGGAGCCCGGCCGAGCUGUGCAGCCCGCUGGAUGGGGCCGCGCCCCAUCUUAUCACCUGCACCGUGGAACACGACUCCAUCCGCCUACCCCUGGAGCACCUGCUCAAAGAAGGAGCGGCCGCGGUCACCUUUGUGCCAGUGUCCAAGGUGAAUGGUCAGGUGGAGGUUGAGGACAUCCUGGCAGCUGUCCGCCCGGCCACGUGCCUUGUGACUAUCAUGCUGGCCAAUAACGAGACGGGAGUCAUCAUGCCCAUCUCUGAAAUCAGUCAGCGAAUUAAAGUCCUGAACCAAAAGCGGGCAACUUCCGGGCUGCCUGUCAUUCUGCUACACACAGAUGCGGCACAGGCCCUGGGGAAACGGCGCGUGGAUGUGGAGGACCUAGGCGUGGACUUCCUGACCAUCGUGGGGCACAAGUUCUACGGUCCCAGGAUUGGAGCACUUUAUGUCCGAGGGCUUGGUGAACUUACACCUCUGUACCCUAUGCUGUUUGGAGGUGGACAAGAACGGAAUUUCAGGCCAGGGACAGAGAACACGCCGAUGAUUGCCGGCCUCGGGAAGGCCGCUGAGCUGGUGACCAGGAACUGCGAGGCUUAUGAGGCCCACAUGAGAGAUGUUCGAGACUACCUGGAGGAGCGACUGGUGGCUGAAUUUGAUAAGCAGAGAAUCCAUCUGAACAGCCAAUUUCCAGGGACCGAGCGACUCCCCAACACAUGCAACUUUUCCAUCCGGGGACCCCAGCUUCAAGGGCGUGCAGUGCUGGCCCAGUGCAGGACGCUAAUGGCCAGCGUGGGGGCCGCGUGCCACUCGGACCACAUGGACCGGCCAUCCCCAGUGCUGCUGAGCUGUGGUAUCCCCUUUGACGUGGCCAGGAACGCGCUCCGGCUCAGCGUGGGCCGCAGCACCACCAGGGCCGAGGUGGACCUCGUCGUGCAGGACCUGAAACAGGCCGUGGCCCGGCUGGAGUGCCAGGCCUAGCGCCAAGGACGCCCCAGAGGAAGCCCUUCCAAGUGCUGCGCCAGGACGGCUCUCCUCCUAAUUUGUCCCAGAGUGUCUGACAUGGUGCC